GUGCCAGUCUUCCAGCUUCCUACAAGAGGUAGCACAUGGUAUAUGAUGGCCAUGGAGCCAGCCAAACUCCUUGGCUUCCGCGAUAGCUAUCUCUUUUUUCUUCGGAACCCUUCUCUAAAACGUAUAUAUGCCACAGAAGAAGAACGCGAAUAUUUAAUAGAUCGAAACAUCCUUUCAUCGAAUUUCCGAAAUCGUCAAAUAGCUCUAGUUUCUGCUCGAUCGACUUUCAAAGUAUUUGGGUAUAAGAUUAUCAAAGGUGGCAAACGACGUAGAGAUGAUUACUAUGAAGCCGAGGUACCUGAUGGGUAUGAUGACGAUCCUUCAGACUAUGAUGUCAGCGAAUCUACCAUUCCGGGAAACGGGAUAAAACGGAAUACGAAUAGUCUAGCGUCUUCCAAGGCACAUGCGGUACUGGAUGAGACUAAUUGGAUGUAUCAGAGUGCUUUGGCAAUAAGAGAGUUUAACACUCAAUUACGACUACAUCGGAGAGAUAAUCCUAAAUACUACGAUCCUCAUACCAAUCUCGAACAGAUGCCACAGGCAACACAGCCUACGCGAGUGCGGAUAGAAUGGGCAAGCGAUCCGCAAAAGUAUCCGUCAUUUGAUGUCAGAGCCGAGGAUAGGCAGCCUGAGAUCACUUUUGUCGAUAGGGAGACAAACACAUUAGGUGAUCUAGACGAGGAAGUGUUAGAAGUAUUGCCUCAGGAUGUAAAAGACAUUGUCACGGAGAUGAGGGAGAGGGCAAAGAGCGAGGAAGCUCAUGGAUGGGAGGCGUAUCCAUUGGCGCUAAUGGACGGACAAUAUCAAUCAUCUUUCUCAAUGUACUGU